GAAAGGCAUCUAUAUUUGUGAGGGAUCCAAUCUGAAGCUCGAACUAGAACAAUUUGCGACGGGGAGGCCGGUUCUACUUAUGUCGCCUGCACGAUUGAUUGUAGGUGAUGAUGGAAUUACAGUUAAGGGUAGGCUUUACGUGUUUCUGUUGCCGUUUGUUAUGGCUCUCCUAAGGUAGAGGAGCAGACCGCACGGGGAACAGAAAUACGAGAGAGAGCUGGUGGCGUUAAACAUUGCGGAGAAGGAAGCCCCGCUAUGUUUCAGGAUGAAGGAAGUCUUGCGAGUACGAGAUCCUCUUCUUGGCUCGGUUCAUUGUUUGGGAAAAUACAAAAUGUCUUUGGCUCUGGGGAGAAGAACGGAACUUAAGGCGAUUGUCUCGUUAACGAGGUAGAAAUCUAUCAGGGUACUUAGUUUAGGAAGCUUAGAUGGCUACCAGGAGUAUGCUGCUGGUGGUGUCGCGAAAAGCAAUAGCAAGUUAGUACUACUACUAAUUCUAUCUUGUGUGGCCUCUAUUCUCUCCAAGCUUUCUUGUCUUCUUCUAAUGUCAAACUAGCGAUCCUGAGCCUGGACUGCGCAUCUUUAUGCGUGAACAAGAUGAUAAUUCUGGGGACGAUACAGUUGCAGAUUAUUUUCCUGUAGACCGCUCAUUUUUUGUCCCGCAGUGGAGAAUAAAAUGGCUUGAGAACAGCCUCGUGAGUGUUGACUCAGCAGAGAUUCUCUGUACGCGUCCGGAUGAGAUCAGGAUUAACUUAAGGCAGCUUCUGGUCGUCGAUGAUUGUUUGUGGAGGAAAGAGAAUAUUUAAUAGAGUAAGUAAAAUAUCGGGUUUCGAGUUACUCGCGUUGCAACUAGUAACGAGUUACUCGAGUUGCCGAAGCGAAGGGCUUCAAUUCUGGAACGAGUAAGCGGAUGAGAUAGAAGAACGAGCAUGGGCAUCGGUGGAAUGUAUAUUGGGCUGGUGAGAUAAGCAAGAUCUUUCUUGUUCCUUUCGGUUGAUAGAUAACCUUUGCGCUGUUCCACCGCCUUCUGCAGUUAUUUGAAUUUUUGGAGCCCGAGCCAAGGUCAAGAAUUAUAGGACAUCGUUUUUACAAGAAGUAGAAUAGUUAAUACGUUUCAUCUAUGAGCAAUAAUUCCGACGAAGAAGUGCUUAGAGUGACGACAACUUUUUGUUGUAGCUCCUCCUAAUCGUAGUCGCCAAUCUGCAAAAAAAGCUUCCCUAUGCAAUUCGUGGAGGGCCACCGGAGAAAAGCAGGGAGUACCAACGCUACAAGGCAUUGCUGUUGAGCGAACAGGCAGCAAGACGAGCUAAAAAUGCUUAUGCGCAGACAGCAAGCCGAGUUGGCAAAACCUCAAAGCGAGGAGGAACCGAAGCACAGAUCGGUGAACAAGAAGGUCAAGGGGCGGCAAAUGUUGACACUUCUACUUCUAGUGGCAGUGCUUUGAGGAUGAUGGAGGCUGCAGAGCCAGCGGAGGCUGGUGAAGCGGAUCGCUUCGAAGAAGUCGGAAAGCAAACGGCGUUUGAUGAACUGAAAGUAGUGGCCGAUACGCCUAGUGGGGAAGGCGCUGCUGGCACGGAGAAAAGUAGUUCGUCGAGUCGAGGUAGUUUUCGAAAACCAAAACCUCAACGUCAACUUGCUGGUAAGCCUGUUGCGAAAAAAAUUAGAAAAGAAGAACCUGAAAUGGAGAAGUUAGAGAGCCUUCCGAAAGCAGGCAGUCUUGACCCUUGGCCAGUACGAGAGUUCCCAACUCUCGUUUGCCAAGGUGACUUUAUUAUGGCAGCUGCACACUCACGCUUGAAGUUGAACUUGAUCAUAGGUUAAGUACACACUUUUCGUUUUCCUUUAUCCACCUGCUCUAAGACAAGUAUCCAACGCGGCAUCGGAGACCUGCUGCUGGCUGAAAUGUCAGCGAUUGCAGCGCUAGCCCUGCUCCUUUUCACUAUAUUCGUGACGAAAGCAUUCAUCAUCCUAUGUUGCUGUAGUGGCGCCGGUCAGUUCAGUAAGUGGCUGCGGAAGCGCAACAAUAGAAAACCAGAGAAAGAAGAUCUCGAAAGAAGAAUAAGACAUCUGGACAAGCAGAUUCAUUGCAAAGCAAGGGCGACCACGAGAACAACU